GGCCACUAUCACGAAGGCGAAUUCCCCUCCAUCAACUUGCCAUUGACCUCGAGCCAGAGGCCCUCUUGGGAGACUCUACAUACCCUGUCGCACUUACGGCCGCUCCCUCCCUGCUCACACUACACAAUGGCCACUCUCCGACUCGCCAGCCGAGGCGUCAAGAGCCUGUGCAUGCGGCCAGCAACAUUCGCCGCUCGCCCUUUUUCGACGACUUGCCUGCGAAGGAACGCCGCUCCUGUCGAGACCGUUGGUACCAGACUUGUGCCCGUUGACGAAGACUUCUCCUCCGCUCAGGACUCCUACGGCCUGUCCAAGCCCCAUACCCCCGGAACCCGAAAGUCGCGCGAGAACUCGGUUUCAGACCGAAAGGUUCGACACUACACUGUCAACUUUGGUCCCCAGCAUCCCGCCGCCCACGGUGUAUUGCGUCUGAUUCUCGAGCUCAAUGGUGAAGAAAUCGUCCGAGCCGACCCCCAUGUCGGUCUGCUCCACCGAGGUACUGAGAAGUUGAUCGAGUACAAGACAUAUCUCCAGGCCCUGCCUUACUUUGACCGACUUGACUAUGUUUCCAUGAUGACCAACGAGCAGUGUUUCUCUCUGGCCGUUGAGAAGCUGCUCAAUGUUGAGAUUCCUGAGCGAGCCAAGUGGAUUCGAACUCUGUUUGGCGAGAUCACUCGUAUUCUCAACCAUCUGAUGUCCGUUCUUUCACACGCUAUGGAUGUUGGUGCUUUGACACCUUUCCUGUGGGGUUUCGAGGAGCGUGAGAAGCUCAUGGAAUUCUACGAGCGUGUUUCCGGUGCUCGUCUCCACGCCGCCUACGUCCGACCCGGUGGUGUUCACCAGGAUAUCCCCGUUGGACUUCUCGACGAUAUCUACCAGUGGGCUACCCAGUUCGGCGACCGAAUCGACGAGACCGAGGAGAUGUUGACCGAUAACCGUAUCUGGAUCGAGCGAUUGAGGGGUGUUGGUGUUGUUCCUGCUGCCGAGGCUCUGAACCUUUCCUUCACUGGUGUCAUGCUCCGAGGUUCUGGAGUUCCCUUCGACGUCCGCAAGAACCAGCCUUACGAUGCCUACGACCAGGUCGAGUUCGAUGUCCCUGUUGGAACCAACGGUGAUUGCUACGACCGAUACCUCUGCCGAAUGGAGGAGUUCCGCCAAUCUCUCCGCAUUAUUCACCAGUGUCUCAACAAGAUGCCCGCUGGCCCCGUCCGUGUCGAGGACUACAAGGUUUCUCCUCCCCCACGAGCCGCCAUGAAGGAGAACAUGGAGGCCCUUAUCCACCACUUCCUUCUCUAUACCAAGGGUUACGCUGUCCCUCCUGGUGAGACUUACUCCGCUAUCGAGGCCCCCAAGGGUGAGAUGGGUGUUUACGUCGUUUCCGACGGCAGUGAGCGACCUUACCGAUGCCACAUUCGUGCUCCCGGUUUCGCUCACUUGGGUGGAUUUGAUCACGUUUCCAAGGGUCACUUGUUGGCUGAUGCUGUGGCGGUCAUUGGUACUAUGGAUCUGGUGUUCGGUGAGGUCGAUAGGUAAAGCAUUGUGGAAAAGAAAGAAGAUUAGAAUGGGUUCCUUUUGUUUGUAAUCAUAGCUGAUAGGGAGACCACGGUAAAUACUCCCACAAACGUCGUGUGCCCGAGCGAGAAGCUAUGCAGAGGUGAUGCUUGUUGAAAUUUAGCAAUGAAUCAUCUUAAGUUCCAUUUUUGGCUCCAAUUUCGCCCAGUGUGAUUAUGUACAGAUCUAAUGUUACAAGAUAAGAGUAUACAUGUGUAACUUUACAAGAUUUUUGUGCCGGUCCCAGAGGCCUGCUCCAUAAAGAAGUUCUUCAGGGGGCCGAGAGCAUUGACAGCUCUUAGACCAACCGAACGCAGCGGCACCAGGGGGCCACUCUCGACGGAGUAAAGCUUGUGAAGCUUAUCACAUACAUUGAGAAUGAUGUGGUUGGCUGCGUACCGCUCACUGUUGUAAGACUCAAGAGAGAGUUGGGCACCAAGAUCCUGGCCGUGAGAGACAGCAAACUCGAUGGUCUUGACCAGACUCUGGGCAUCUCCUUGGCCUUGGUUUAAACCUUGGCCUGCCAAUGGAUGAAUAGUAUGGGCCGCAUCUCCAACAAGUGCAACACGUUCGCCGGUAUAUGUGUCGGCAUGUCGCAGCUUCAGGGGGAAAUAUGCGAUGCUGCCCUGCUGCACACCAACGACAGUCUGUGGAAGAGCCUCUGCAUCGAAGCUUGUGUGCUGUAGGCGCCAUGAUAGCUCUUCUGCCUGGCUGUCCUGCUGAGUGUGCAUAAAGCCGAUAUCGACAGGGCUCAGCCGGAAAGCAGCAUUGACCAUGGCAAUGAAGUUUUUGGGGCUAAGGCUCUUGAGAAGGGCGGCCUUCUCGGGAGUAGUAGACCAGACCAAUGUAGCAUAUUUGCCAGGCAUGGGCAGCAUUGCAACAGGUCCAGUAGGCAAGAAUCGUUGGUAGGCAAUUUUGUUGAACUGACCACCCCAGCCCUCACCUUCAAGCUCUAAAGUUGCGACAACACCGUGUCUACCGUAGUCCCAGCCGCGGCUAUUGAUGCCGGCAAAUGUGCGCACAGGACUGUUGGCUCCAUCUGCUCCAACAAGAAGACGUGCUGCCAGCGAUUGGCCGUUCGAGAGCUGUACAACAGGCCAUUCGCUCAAGUCCAAGUCCUCGGUUUCCUUGCCU